AGCGGUUUGCAUCAAUGAAAUCAUAUAUUCUCCAAGAGUUCAUUACACCAAAAUAUUGGUAUGCUUGUGAUUUGAAUGACAGAUACGGAUGCCUCUGUGCUGUGUUGCUUCUUUCAGCUCUCAAGAAACCCUUGCUCCUUUUUAGCUGAUGCUGCUAGCUGUGUUCCCCUGGUCUUUCUCUAGUAGUUGAAGGACAAAAAACAACUCCUUCUGAUGGGGUGAAAUUGGAAUCACUAAUUAUGGUUUAUAUUGGAUCAAGGGAUGCUAACGUUUAACACACACAUUUGAACAAAAAGGUCUUUCGUUACUUGCUCGUGACCCACUCUAGUUGCCCCCCUCUCUUGAAAUCCUGGCUAUGCCCUGCCGGGAAGCAUAUGAGGAGUUUGAGCAUGUUCUUUUAGCGUUAAUGUUCGACAAAGACGAUCAGACUUCUCCAGUGGCAAGUGAGUGGUCUGAAAAGAGGCGGUUUGACAUUGCUGGCUUGUUAUCAUCUGUUCUUCGAGUUCACUUGCAAGCAUUUGACCCAAUCUUUUCUAUGACAUUGGGAUACUUGACAAGCAUGCACGAAGGAUUUUGCUUUCGCCCAGGCAUUUCAUCACCUGUUUCAGAUCUGACGGAGGGAUUGCUUAUUGAGGAACGCGACCCAGCUCCUACUCCACAAGAAAGCUUGCUAGAGGCACUCCAUUUGAGGAGAUCUUUUGUUUUUUUUUUGCUUAUUGAGGAACGCGACCCAGCUCCUACUCCACAAGAAAGCUUGCUAGAGGCACCUCCAUUUGAGGAGGUGGAUGUGCAAGCACUUGCUCAUGCUGUUGAUCUUACAAGGCAAGGGUUAUUGACAGUUUGCGGUCUGCUAAAGGAGAUUUGUUACAGGCAUUUAAGAUGCUUAUAUGCUUAUUACAGAAUGAAUUGUGCCGGUCCUGCCGGAUGAGAAUGGGUAUGUCUCAGUGCUUGAUGAGCUUGUUCAUGAGCAUUGCGUUUAUGGGGGUAUUGUGGAAUGUGGGAUUUCAUCAGGACAUGCAUCAGAUAUGCAAAGUCUUGGGAGAUCUUCAAUUACGUGUGAACCUGAUCCUUCCAAUGGUUCCUUGUUAGAUUGCUCUACUAACAUGGAUGUGCAGCCGUUUAAGUACUCCAAUGGUGAAACUUCUGUUGGCAAACCUGAUUUAAUUGGCAUUCAUGAAAUUAAGGAUUAGAAGUUUCAGAAGAUUAGAAGUCCUGAAAUCGAGAAGAUUGCAGCACAAGUAGUCCUGAAAACUAUAAAAAGUUUCAGAAGAACAGAGGUCAUGGGACUGGAGAAAGGAGUGGACACAAGAGAUGGAGAGGUAGGAAUGAGGAUUGGAAGUUGGUCGUGAUAUUCUCUUACUGGGACCAGCAAGCAAAAGCUUAGCGACCGUGACCAUGCUGCUGAUAAAUCUAUGCCAAACGAAAAACAGGUGUUUUGACUUUUAAACAAGGGUUUCAGUAAAACGUCCUGCUUCAGAGAUUUUCAAUAUUUGGAGGAGUACAAAUAUGAUAUUGUGCUGGAGAUGAAGGAAUUAGCGAGUAAGGGAGUGACCGUGGAGGUUGUAGUCUUGUAGAGGAGAUUAACGCCCUGGACCCUAACUUCUUUGUGCAGAAUCCUGUUUUUCUAUUUCAACUUAAAGCAAGUAAUUAUUGCCAUAUUUUGCCCU